ACGGACGCGGCGGCGGCGGCGGCGGCGGCGGCGACUCCAGAGCGGAGCCGCGGCCUGAGGGCGGCCCACCGGUUAGCCCCGACGGCAGCUCCCGGUGCGGGUGGGAGGACCGCUCGGCAGAUCCGGCUUGCAGAUCUUCUCAGCACCCGCCGGCUCCAGGUCCCAGCCCAAGGCCAUGGCUCCCGAGGCAAGCCCGGAGAGGAGCUGCUCCCUCCACACCUGUCCCCUGGAGGACCCCUCCAACCCGCCCGUGCAGCCGCCCUCGGGCUCGGCCCUGCAGGCCGUGGACCCCAGUAGUCCCUUAGCCCCUGGCCAUUUCGGCUACUCGAGAGGGCCGCAAGAAUAUCAAGAAGGAAGUUCUCUACUGGGACUGGGAGACCAGGCGGCCCUGUGCUCCCAUGUCUCCAGCUACGGCCCUUCCUUGGUGCCCUCCCGGCACGAUGGCACCUGGAAGCCACCCGCGCAGCACCAUGUGGUCAGCGUCAGGCAGGAGCGGACCUUCCGGAUGCCCAAGAGCUAUUCCCAGAUGAUUGCCGAGUGGCCAGGCACCGUGAUUCUGCUGUGCCUGGCUUUCAUCCUCCUGUGCACCCUGGCUGGACUGUUGGGAGGCCAGCUGCCUGACUUCUCGGACCCCUUACUGGGCUUUGAGCCUCGGGACACGGACGUUGGGCGAAAGCUCGAGGUCUGGAAAGCACUACAGGCCUUCACUGGCCCCAAGAACCUGCUUUCCCUUUCUCCAGACCCCGAACUGAACAGCUCGACCCUCCACAGCACCCUGAGCCCCGCGUCCUGGGGCAGGGCCCAGGAGAGCGUGGUCCGGGCCCGGCGCAUGGUGGAGCCCAUAGACGACAAUGGGGAGGACAGCUUCUUCUGUGGCCCCCCAGAGAAGAGCCACGCGAAGCUGGUGUUCGUGUCAACCUCGGGAGGCAGCCUGUGGAACCUGCAUGCCAUCCACUCCAUGUGCCGCAUUGAGCAGGAGCAGAUCCGCGCCCACCCGCACUUCGGGGCUCUGUGCCAGCGCACGGCAGCCAACGAGUGCUGCCCCAGCUGGUCCCUCGGGAACUACCUGGCCGUGCUGUCCAACCGCUCCUCCUGCCUGGACACCACGGAAGCGGACGCGGCCCGCACCCUGGCCCUGCUGCGGUACUGCGCGCCCUACUACCACCGGGGGGUCCUCGUGCCCUCCUGCCUGGGACCCAAGCCGGACAAGCCCCCAUUCUGCGCCCAGCUCCCCACCAAGUGUGCCCGCAGCAGCGCCGUGUACCAACUCCUGCACUUCCUGCUGGACAGGGACUUCCUGAGUCCCCAGACGGCAGACUACCAGGUGCCCUCCCUCAAGUUCGGCCUGCUCUUCCUGCCCAUCACAAAGGACGCCUCCAUGCUGGACAUCUACCUGGACGGCCUCGCCGACGUUCAGAAGGUCUCCGACAACUACACGUCCAUCAGUGGCAUGGACCUGGGCCUCAAGCAGGUGCUGCUGAAGCACUUCCUGGCGCUGGACACGCUGUACCCCAUGCUGGCCCUGGCCGCCAUCUUCUUCAGCGUCACCCUCUACCUGCGCUCCUUCUUCAUCACGCUCAUGGCGCUGCUGGGGGUGCUGGGCUCCCUGAUGGUGGCCUUCUUCCUUUACCACGUGGCCUUCCGCAUGGCCUACUUCCCCUUCGUCAACCUGGCGGCCCUCCUGCUGCUCAGCGGCGUCUGCAUCAACCACACCCUCAUCUUCUUCGACCUGUGGCGCCUCAGCAAGAGCCAGGUGCCCUCGGGGGGGCUGGCGCACCGCGUGGGCCGCACCAUGCACCACUUCGGCUACCUGCUGCUGGUCUCGGGGCUCACCACGGGCGCCGCCUUCUACGGCAGCUACCUGAGCCGCCUGCCCACCGUGCGCUGCUUCGCGCUCUUCAUGGGCACCGCCGUGCUGGUGCACAUGGGGCUCACGCUCUUCUGGCUGCCCGCCUCCGCCGUGCUGCACGAGCGCUACCUGGCCCGCGGCUGCCUGCCCCGCCAGGCCCCCAGGGGCGGCAGCGACCCGCUGCGGCUGCUGCUGGCCGUGCACCGGCGCGUCCGAGGCCUCCGCAGGAUCGUGUCCAUCCUCUCCCGCCUGCUCUUCCAGCGGCUGCUGCCCUGCGGCGUCAUCAAGUUCCGAUACAUCUGGAUCUGCUGGUUCGCGGCCCUGGCCGUCGGGGGCGGCUACAUCGGCGGCGUCAGCCCCCGCCUGCAGCUGCCCAUCCUGCUGCCCGCCGGCGGCCAGGUCUUCCGGCCCAGCCACCCCUUCGAGCGCUUCGACGCCGAGUACCGCCAGCAGUUCCUGUUCGAAGACCUGCCCCCAGACGAGGGCGGCCACCUGCCCGUGGUUCUGGUGUGGGGCGUCCUGCCGGUGGACACGAGCGACCCGCUGGACCCUCGGAGCAACAGCUCCCUGGUGAGCGACCCUGACUUCUCGGUGGGCAGCCUCGAGGCCCAGGAGUGGCUGCUGGAGCUCUGUCAGGAGGCCCGGAAUCAGAGCUUCUUUAGCACCCAGCCCAAGGGGUGGCCCACGCUGUGCCUGGUGGAGGCCCUGCAGGGCUGGAUGGAGAGUCCCAGCUGCGCCCGCCUGGGGCCCGACUUCUGCUGUGGCCAGACAGACUUCCCCAUGGCCCCCCAGCUGUUCCUGCACUGCCUCAAGAUGAUGGCGCUGGAGCAGAGUCCCGACGGCGCCCGGGACCUGGGACUCCGCUUCGACACCCACGGCAACCUCGCCGCCCUGGUCCUGCAGUUCCAGACCAACUUCCCCUACAGUCUCGAGUACGGCCCGGUCCACCACUUCUACACGGAAGUGAGCCGCUGGCUGGCCGCGGCGCUGGGCAGGGCGCCCCCGGGCAUGCGCCGAGGCUGGUUCACCAGCCGCCUGGAGCUGUACAGCCUGCAGCACAGCCUGAGCACCGAGCCCGCCGUGGUGCUAGGCCUGGCGCUGGCGCUGGCCUUCGCCACGCUGCUGCUGGGCACCUGGAAUGUUCCGCUCAGCCUGUUCUCGGUGGCGGCCGUGGCGGGCACGGUGCUGCUCACCGCAGGCCUGCUGGUUCUGCUCGAGUGGCAGCUCAACACCGCCGAGGCUCUCUUCCUGUCUGCCUCGGUGGGCCUCUCCGUGGACUUCACCAUCAACUACUGCAUCUCCUACCACCUGUGCCCGCACCCGGACCGCCUGAGCCGCGUGGCCUUCUCCCUGCGCCAGACCAGCCGGGCCACAGCCAUGGGGACGGCGGCCCUGUUUGCCUCGGGCGUCAUCAUGCUGCCCUCCACGGUCCUGCUCUACCGCAAGCUGGGCAUCACCCUGAUGAUGGUCAAGUUCGUCAGCUGCGGCUUCGCCAGCUUCUUCUUCCAGUCGCUGUGCUGCUUCUUCGGGCCGGAGAAGAACUGUGGGCAGAUCCUGUGGCCCUGCGCGCACCUGCCGUGGGACGCCGGCACCGAGGAGCCCGACGAGGAGAAGGGGCGGCCCGGAGCGGGAAUACCCGGCAUCUGCCCCGAGCACUACGAGCUCCAGCCCCUGGCGCGGCGCCGGAGCCCCAGCUUCGACACCAGCACAGCCACCAGCAAGCUGUCCCAUCGCCCCUCGGUCCUGUCGGACGAUCUGCCGUUUCACGACGGCAGCUGCUGCGGCCGGCCCCCGCUAGUCCCCGCCUCCCCGCGGGACCUGCUCCUGGACCACCAGGCCGUCUUCAGCCAGUGCCCGGCUCUGCAGACCUCCUCGCCCUAUAAGCAGCCUGGCCCCACCCCGCAGAGCUGGGUCAGGCAGGACUCCCUGGAGCAGAAGGCCGAGCCCCCGCAGGCCUCCCCGGAAGUCCCCAUCCCCUCUCCCAAGUCCAAGGCUGAAGAACUUCCCGAUGGCCUCUGCUCCUCAGCCAGCACCCUGGAGGGGCUCAGCGUCUCCGACGACACCUGCCUGAGCACCCCCGAGCCCAGCGCCCGCGUGCCCGAUUCCGUGGUGAUCUGCCCAGAAGACCUGGAGGACGCUGGGAAGCCGGCGCUUGAGCGGGGCCAGCUGAACGGAAAGCGUGACACCCUCUGGCUGGCGCUGAAGGAGACCAUCUACGACCCGGCCCUGGCCAACUCCCAGCACAGCAGCUCGUCCUGGAAGGGCCGCGGGGGGCCGGACGGCAGCCCUGUGAUGCUGCCCAACAGCCAGCCAGAUCUGCCAGAUGUUUGGCUCCGCAGGCCCAAUGCCUACACCUCUGGCUACAGCAGCUAAAGGAGGCCAGACCAGGCUGCGGAGCCCUGUUCCCGGAUGAUUAGGCAGGGCCGGCACCAGGCGAGAGCCUGAUGGUAUUUCUCCAAAGCGACACCUUCCAGCUAUGGACUUUUUCAACCCUGCCAGAUGUUCCAGCCUUGAUCUUUCUGCUACUUACCCCUUACAUCUGGAGGACUCAGUGGGGAGGACCUUUGAGAGGGAAUACCCGGCUCUCCUCGUGACCUGCUGAGGGCUUGUCUGCCCCCCCCCCCCAGUGCCAAUAAGGAAGGACCCCUCCUCUGGAAAGGGAGGGGAGGCUGGAUGUGCAGAUUUAUUGGAGGAGAUGGGUCCGUCCCUCUCCCAAGUGGCAAGAUGUUCAGUGACCCUAAGGUACCCCAUCGUUGCCAACUUGACAGUACCUCACUGACCAGACGAGCCCUCAGCAAUCUCCACUGCCUCCUGAACCGCCGCCCUUCUCAUUCAUUGACUCUUCAUCAGGACUCUUUUCAUUCUUUGGGGAACUCCUCUGGCCAGAAUUGGGCUGGGGACUUCUUCCUGGAGGAAGGUGGGAUGGCCGGCAGGAGGCCGGAUGGCCAGCCGCAGAGCACCACUAAGUUGCCAGAGUCUCCAUUCCCUGCCAGUGACCAAGGAUGGUGUCCAUCUCUUCGCCGCAGCGAGGUUCUGUGAGCCUCGGCGUACAGGGAAACACAUCGAGACUUCAGGAAGCGAUGGGUUCCCCAGUCACGUGGCUGGGCCCUGCCAGAGUGGUUUCCUGACUCAUUCUAUCACCACAACUCCCGGACUCUGGCUUCUUGCUUCAGAGACAUCGGUCCCUGGCUUGUCUUGAUCCUGUGCUUCUAGUACACUUUCCCCCAACCUGCCUUUUUGGCUGUCUCUGUGUAAACCCUGCCUCCUCCUUUGGGCAUCCAUCUGUAGAAUAAGCUGUACUCUGAGCAGACCCCAGGGCUCCUCCUUGUGCUCUUCCCUCUGGAGUCCUCUGAGGUGCUUGCAGCGGCGAGGCCUGCAGAUCAGGGCUGACCUGACUUGUCAGGCUGCAGCCGACACCCAGGCCGGGCCAGGAGAGGCAUAGGAGAGGCACUGAGGGGCCGAAGGGGUCCAGCAGGAUAAUCCAGCUAAGAAAGAGACUCACAUCUGCCCUUUCCGGGGACCUUGUUCGUCUGAAGCUGCUCUUUUGGGUCAAGUCCCCAGCUUCUAAAGAACAGGUCUGGAGGAGCGGGGUGCUCCGUACCUGAAGAAUUCUGGCCCCAAAGCAAGGAGUCUCCCCUGAGGAUUCAACCAGUGUAAGCGCUCACAACAUUAGGUGGCGCCAGUGAGUCUUUGGAACAGCUUUGCGUAUGGUACUAGGAGGGGCAAAACGGUGGGAGGGGAAUGCCUUCCAAGAGCGCAGCUUCUUACGUAUAAGGCACGUCAGACAGAAUAUCAUUCCCAGCCGUCUCCAACUCCUAUAGCCUAACUACCCUUCCUUAAAAGAACCCUGUAUUCUAACACCAAGGAUCCUGGGGUCCCCCUCAGGCUCCUGGCAGCCCCUCAGGAUGUACCCUGAAAUCCAUAGAUCCACUCCAGUUUCCUUGGGGGUGUCAAGGAAGAGAAGGGAUUUUUCUACAGCCCAUCUGUCAGAGCUGGAGCGAAUCAGAGGGUGUUUGGGCUUUAUUAUGUCAUGUUCCUAUGUUGUUGAGACCUACCUCCCACCCAGUAGCUCAUGACCAGUGAAGCAGAAAUCUAAAUGAGGGUUAGGGAGACGAGAAGACAGUACAAUUGUCCCUCAGUAUCUACAGAGAACUGGUUCCAGGAAGCCCCCGGAUGCCCAAAUCCAAGGAUGCUCAAGUCCCUUGUGUAAAACGGUGUAGUAGUUGCUUAUAACCUACGCAUAUCCUCCAUAUUCUUCAAAUCGUCUCUAGUGAUUUACGAUACCUACUACAGUGUAGAGGCUGUGCCAGUUGUUGUUAUACUGUGUUGUUUAAGGAAUAAUGGCAAGAAAAAAAA